UGGCUCCAAAAAAAACUCCCCGCCCCGCUCUCGCUGUGUUAGUUCCGCCUUUUUUUGGGGACUUUCCCUCUUAUUUCAAAAUCCCCAGCCGCGCCACUUCCCAUCUCCUCCUUCCUCUCUUCCAAUUUUUCUAUUAACGGCCCUCCAUCCCCAGCUCCGCUCCACACCUCUCUCUCCCCGCUCCAAAUCUCCCGCCCGCCGGAAUUCCGCCUUCCCAAAUCGGAGGCCGGAAUGAACUCUUCGCUCACCCAUGUGCCACCGGAAUCCUCUCUCCGCCAUCAUAGUUACAGCCGGAAGCAGAAGUCUCUCGGCCUCUUAUGCACCAACUUCUUGAACUUGUAUAACCGAGAUGGAAUCGAAGUUAUUGGCCUUGACGAUGCGGCCACCAGAUUAGGGGUUGAGCGCCGUCGGAUCUACGACAUUGUUAAUGUCCUUGAAAGUGUUGGGGUUUUGUGUAGAAGAGCUAAGAAUCAGUACACCUGGAAAGGGUUCGCUGCAAUGCCAGAGACUCUCCGGGAGUUAAAGGAUCAGGGUAUGAAGGAGAACUUCUGUUCAUCUGAUAACAAGAGUAACGGCAAUGGAGCUAAAGGGCUGGAUGAUGAAAAUGACGUUGAUGACCGUGAGCUAGAGGCCAAUACAGGAAGCCAGAAUGACGACGAAGAUGACCGCGAUCUAGAGCUCAAUACUGGUAGCCAGAAUGAUUCUGCAGCUCCUAGUGGUACUUGCCAGUCUGCUGCUGCAUUGAGAUUAGAUAACAGGAAGGAGAAAUCUCUGGGGCUUCUGACCCAGAAUUUUGUCAAGCUUUUUCUUUGUUCUGAUUCGCAGUUAAUAUCUCUUGAUGAUUCUGCAAAGCUACUGCUUGGAGACGGCCAUAGUGUGUCGAUAUUGCGAACCAAAGUCAGACGGCUAUAUGAUAUUGCAAAUGUACUUUCUUCCAUGAAGCUUAUCGAGAAGACUCAUACUGCAGAUUCCAGGAAGCCUGCAUUUAGGUGGGUAGGGUUAAACGGAAACCACAACAGCAACAUUACAAGCACUGCUGCACCUCUUCCUAAUUGUGAACCAAGGAAAAGGGUUUUUGGUGCAGAUGUUACAAAUAUUAGUUUCAAGAGGAACAAGCUUGAUUCUCUAGUUUGCAAUAAAACCCAGAACAUGAAGAUGCAUGAUAAUACAAGUCAAAUCAAGGUUGAGAAUGAAAUGACUGGAUGUGAGGGAGGCAGCCUGAGCCAGGAUUCAUUUCAGGGGUCAAGGAGUUACCAAUUUGGUCCCUUUGCACCAGCUGCUGCGGUCAAAGAUAGUGGUUCUCCAAGGGUAGUUCCUCAGGUUCGUGAUUGGGACGCUCUGACCUCCACUUUCCGCCCUCAAUAUCAUAAUCAAGCUCUGAAAGACCUGUUUGUUCACUACAUGGAGGCAUGGCAAUCAUGGUACACAGAAGUUUCAGAGAAGAAACCAAUCCAGCAAAUCUCCUGAUGGACUUUUCAUUCGCUGGCUCUCCUUUGUCAAAGCUCUCAGCUGAAAUGGAAGAGAUGGUCUCUCUCGUGGGUUGCACUUCCUUUGUGCACCAUAAAAAUUUGUAUGGCCAUCCUCUGGAUUGAUUUGUCAUUGACCAUUCAUUGUAGUGACAUUCAACGCAACCAACUGUCCGCAUAGUUUUUCAUAGUGUGUGACUUGAUAGAUCUAGCUAGCACAGGAGGAACCCCCUACGGAGUAUGAAUAAACUGAGUACAAAGCAAAUGAUUUUACACCUUGUUCUUUAUCAGGAGGUUUCAUUAUGAGCAAAGGUCUAUCUGGUUGUUUCUUAAUGUGGAACAAAUUAGAUGAGGGAAUAUCAAUGUAAAGCUGAUAAGGUGAGAUCAAAGGAUGUAAUUGCAUAACCUCUCUUUUUAUGUUUCAGAUUACUGGACCU